AUGAAAUAUUUAUGUAAUUCGAGUGAUCAAAUGUGUAAUUUAGCCCAAAUACCUAAGUUGUUUCUUAUACAACAUGAGGGAAAUCACAUUGAAGCAAUUGCAGAUGAUAUAUACGAAUCAUUUGACACCAAUUAUAUGCGCCCAGCAUAUCUAAAAAACAGGACAAUAGUUGCGCCAAGGAAUGCAACCGUGUCUCAGAUUAAUGAUUAUAUGAUGCAAAGGGUUCCUGGUGAUUCAAAGACGUAUUAUAGUUCUGAUUCAUUGCUGCAAUCCACAGACACAUCAUCUACAUUCGACGAAUGCUACCCAACUGAGUUUCUCAACACACUUACAUUCAAUGGAGUGUCAAACCAUGAACUUACAUUGAAGAAAAACACUCCAGCUAUGCUGCUGCGAAACUUGAACCCAGCUUUGGGUCUUUGCAAUGGUACAAGGAUUAUGAUCACAAUGUUGAGUGACAAUUUCAUGAAGGGAAACAUCAUGGGAGGUUCUUAUGACACCGACGAAGUCAUAAUCCCAAAAAUUAUUCACAAUGUUGAGAACUCCAAGUGGCCGUUUAUACUCAAAAGACGUCAGUUCCCAGUUCGCACAUGUUAUGCAAUGACAAUAAAUAAGGGCCAAGGACAGACGCUUGACAAAGUCGGAAUCUAUUUGCCAGAACCAGUAUUUAGCCAUAGACAACUCUACGUGGGAGUUUCAAGGGUACGAUCAGCAACAGGUUUGCGAAUGGUAAUAGAAAAUCCAGCAGAACUUCCAAACAACUAUACAAGAAACAUUGUGUUUGCAGAGGCAUUCAGUGAUGUCCUCACUGUCUAA